GCGUGACAGUUGCGCAUUGUUGUUCGUGUUAUUCGCGUGUGCUGCGUCUAAUGUAUCUCUGACAUUUAUCGCGUUUAUCGCGAUGCGAUAAGUAGGAAUCAACGAUUUGCCGUCCAGCCGCUCUUUGCGGCGUGUGACAAAUGACGUUGUCACGUCGUUAUCAGCUCGUACGCCAGCUGUGCGCGCAAGAGUUCGCGGCGCGAAGUAAGGUUAAGUCCUCGUGAGACCGGCCGCCCUACGACAUGACUCUCGCGCGAAGAUGAGGCGAAACGUGAUCAGCCUGAUCAAGUUCUUCUUCCUGGCGGCCUUCACGGUGUUCCUCACCGUCGUGGUGUUUCGUUACAUGCGGGCGCCGCCUAACCACCAGCUCUCGACGCCGCUCGACGCCCUGAUCGUGGCGGUCGCCGUCGACCGCAGGAGUCCCGGGGACGGCGGCCUGGAGAACGACGAGCGUUUGGAUCAGGAUAUGGAUGAGAAAAUUGAUUGGCAUGACUACAAGAAGAUUGAAGCAGAGAGUAAACAAACUGGAAUAGGAGAACAUGGAAGACCAGCCUUCCUCUCCCCAUCUCUCGAUUCACUGAAAGAAAAAUUGUACCAAGUAAAUGGAUUCAAUGCUGCUCUCAGUGACGAGAUCUCCGUGAAUCGAUCAGUGCCUGAUAUUCGUCACCCAGACUGCAGGAAGAAGAAAUACUUGAAGAAUCUAGAUCCCGUUUCUGUGAUAGUAUCCUUCCACAACGAGCACUUCAGCACAUUGCUACGGACUUGCUGGAGCGUAAUCAAUCGCUCGCCGCCUUCUCUCCUGGAGGAGAUCAUACUGGUCGACGAUGCCAGCACGAAGGCAGAGCUAAAAAAGAAAUUGGACGACUAUGUCGCCAAGAACUUGCCAAAGGUAACGAUCGUACGAUUACCGAGACGUUCAGGGUUAAUCAGAGGUCGAUUGGCGGGCGCGAAGAAAGCCAGGGCCAAGGUACUGGUGUUCCUCGACUCACACAGUGAAGCUAACGUGAACUGGCUGCCGCCGCUGUUGGAGCCGAUCGCGCAGAACUACAGAACCUGCGUUUGCCCGUUCAUCGACGUGAUAGCUUACGAGACUUUCGAGUACAGAGCGCAGGACGAAGGCGCCCGUGGUGCAUUCGACUGGGAAUUGUAUUACAAGCGACUUCCACUACUGCCGGAAGACUUGAAGAGACCCGCAGAGCCCUUCAAGAGUCCCAUCAUGGCUGGUGGCUUGUUUGCCAUUAGCAGCAAGUUCUUCUGGGAACUGGGUGGUUACGAUCCGGGCUUGGAUAUAUGGGGCGGCGAACAGUACGAGCUAUCCUUCAAGAUCUGGCAGUGCGGCGGACAGAUGUACGACGCGCCGUGCUCGAGAGUCGGUCAUAUUUACCGAAAGUUCCCACCGUUUCCCAACCCCGGUCGCGGCGAUUUCCUCGGGAAAAAUUACAAGAGAGUCGCCGAGGUGUGGAUGGAUGAAUACGCGGAGUAUAUCUACAAGAGACGGCCACACAUGCGCGCGUUGGAUCCUGGAGAUCUGUCAGAACAGAAGAGCCUGCGUGCGAAGUUGCACUGCAAGCCGUUCAACUGGUUCAUAGAAAACAUAGCCUUCGACCUCGUGGAGGUUUACCCGCCUAUCGAACCGGACGACUUCGCCGUUGGCGAAAUCAGGAACAUGGGUGCGACGGAUCUCUGUCUGGACUCGAAGAAGCGAAAGAGGGACGAGCUCGUCGUAGUGGACACUUGCAUGAAAGAUAGUCCGAAGGUAUCCGGCGAACAGGAGUUCCGACUGACCUGGCACAAGGAUGUCAGGCCGAAAGAUCGCACAGAUUGCUUGGAUGUGUCGAGAGGCGAGGAGAAAGCUCCGGUGAGCCUAUAUCCUUGCCACGGAAAACAGGGCAAUCAAUUGUGGCGUUAUGACGUCGAGAAACAGUGGCUAAUGCACGGUUAUUCGUCCAGAUGCCUGGACACCGAUCCGAGCAGCAGGCGGGUCUACGUGACCGCUUGCGAUAAAUCGUCGGCCACCCAGAAGUGGCGGAUAGAACAGGUCAAUAUGAAGGCCAUUAACAAUUGGGACAACAUAGGACCCAAGCUCAAGUGAGAGAGAAGCUCUUCCCUCACACUGCCAUAAAGUUUCACGACAGACUUUCCGCGCGUCGGGUUCCUACUCGUAUAGAAAUCUAAGAAUGAUCCAUUUAUAGACAUGUAUAUUCCUGGUUACUAGUCAUCGCAAAUUCUCCAUUUGAGCCACAUACCGCACCUGUAUUAGCGAUCGAUCGACGAGAGAGCAAGAAUCGGCCAUCGCGUGACGCGGAUCAUUUUGCACGUAGCGUAAGGCGAAAUUUUGGUUCCUCGAACUGGACAGCGAGCGUACGCAUCGUAUCGGUACGCAUACGUCAUCACUUACAUAUCGCAUAAGCGCUCUAUCGUGCCUUACAUCAUAUAGCCACACUUAGAAGUACGAUGUAUGAAUCGUAAUUCGAUUUCAACGUACAUUACGUUAUGUACGUUACGUAUAUUUACGUAUAAGUUUGCCUCUUCGCUCAAAUUAAUAUUACGGGAAGCAUCUUUUUUAAUAUAUCGCUUAUUAAGCAGGACUGACGAUUCAUUUACAUUUAUUUAGUGUAAGUCGUUAUUACGGUAAGAUCGAGCAGAGCGUUAGAGCGUUAGCUUCGUUCGCUGAAAGAUCGCGAAUGCGAUUUAUAUAAUACUUAUAACGAUUCAUUCCAUUAUUAUUAGUCUAAAUAACAUGAAGGAUUGUUCGAUCGUAUAAACAAAUAUUACAAGAGCGGACUACUCUAACCGGAAAAAUAUUUGAGGUCGUUUUCCAGUUUUGGUGUGUUAUGAGCAGAUUGCAGAAUAACUUGAAAUCUACGACAUUACGCGCAACGUGUUAUAAAAUAGGUAACAGAUACUCGCGUAACAUCCGUCUUGGUAUCGUUCAACAGGUAUUUCUCUUUGAUCGGAUGGAAGAGAUAAAGAUGUAGAUUAUAAAGAAAGAGAUACAAAUAAAUGAUUGGUCUGGCGCGAUUGCUCCUUAUCUCGCUGGUUAUUCUGCAAUAUACCACAUGCGAUUGAAAUUAAACAUGGGAGAUUAGUUGAAGCGCAUUUAGGCAACAAGUAAGAACGAUUUAAAAUAUCCACUCAUCGCAUUUAUCGAUACACUCGUUUAUGUUUGAGCGCGGAUUUUUUAAUAAGUACAGAAUGGUGAGCGGACAUCGGAAAGGAAUUGUUAACUGUCUGUGAUCGUUGGUGUCUGGGCUAAUCUUCGAUUAUUACUAUUUUUAUAACGUCUAUUUAUGUAUGAUUUAAUAAACACGUUUGUAUUGAACCCCUUAAUAUUCUCAUAUAAAUGUAAGUCCCGAAUUCUCCUGGUGCUGGAGUACACGCGACGAAGUUGUAACAAGUUAAUCGAUUAACGAACAUUCCUCAUCGCGUGUCGAUUCUUAGCGGCGACAUUGAAAGAAUGGUUUAAACAAACAAAAUGUUCGCUUACC